AUGGAAUCUGGGAGAAGGGGAUGGAAUCUGGGAGAAGGGGAUGGAAUCUGGGAGAAGGGGAUGGAAUCUGGGAGAAGGGGAUGGAAUCUGGGAGAAGGGGAUGAAAUCUUGGGAGAAGGGGAUGGAAUGAGGGAGAAGGGGAUGGAAUCUGGGAGAAGGGAUGGAAUCAGGGAGAAGGGGAUGGAAUCAAGAGAAGGGGAUGGAAUUUGGGAGAAGGGGAUGGAAUCUGGGAGAAGGGGAUGGAAUCGGGGAGAAGGGGAUGGAAUCCGGGAGAAGGGGAUGGAAUCUGGGAGAAGGGGAUGGAAUCUGGGAGAAGGGGAUGGAAUCGGGGAGAAGGGAUGGAAUCUGGGAGAAGGGGAUGGAAUGAGGGAGAAAGGGAUGGAAUCGGGGAAAAGGGGAUGGAACGUGGGAGAAGGGGAUGGAAUCUGGGAGAAGGGGAUGGAAUUUGGGAGAAGGGGAUGGAAUCUGGGAGAAGGGGAUGGAAUCUGGGAGAAGGGGAUGGAAUCUGGGAGAAGGGAUGGAAUCUGGGAGAAGGGGAUGGAAUCAGGGAGAAGGGGAUGGAAUCGGGGAGAAGGGGAUGGAAUCUGGGAGAAGGGGAUGGAAUCUGGGAGAAGGGGGUGGAAUCUGGGAGAAGGGGAUGGAAUCUGGGAGAAGGGGAUGGAAUAUGGGAGAAGGGGAUGGAAUCUGGGAGAAGGGGAUGGAAUCUGGGAGAAGGGGAUGGAAUCUGGGAGAAGGGGAUGGAAUCUGGGAGAAGGGGAUGGAAUCAGGGAGAAGGGGAUGGAAUCUCGGAGAAGGGGAUGGAAUCUGGGAGAAGGGGGUGAAUAUGGGAGAAGGGGAUGGAAUCUGGGAGAAGGGGAUGGAAUCUGGAGAAGGGGAUGGAAUCUGGAGAAGGGAUGGAAUCUGGGAGAAGGGGAUGGAAUCAGGGAGAUGGGGAUGAAAUCUAGGGGAAGGGGAUGGAAUCUGGGAGAAGGGGAUGGAAUCUGGGAGAAGGGGAUGGAAUCUGGGAGAAGGGGAUGGAAUCUGGGAGAAGGGGAUGGAAUGGGAGAAGGGGAUGGAAUCUGGGAGAAGGGGAUGGAAUCUGGGAGAAGGGGAUGGAAUCUGGAAGAAGGGGAUGGAAUGGGAGAAGGGGAUGGAAUCUGGGAGAAGGGGAUAGGAAUCUGGGUGAAGGGGAUGGAAUAUGGGAGAAGGGGAUGGAAUCUGGGAGAAGGGGAUGGAAUCUGGGAGAAGGGGAUGGAAUCGGGAGAAGGGGAUGGAGUCCGGGAGAAGGGGAUGGAAUCUUGGAGAAGGGGGUGGAAUCAAGGAGAAGGGGAUGGAAUCCGGGAGAAGGGGAUGGAAUCUGGGAGAAGGGGAUGGAAUCCGGGAGAAGGGGAUGGAAUCUGGGAGAAGGGGAUGGAAUCUGGGAGAAGGGGAUGGAAUCUGGAGAAGGGGAUGGAAUCCGGGAGAAGGGGAUGGAAUCUGGGAGAAGGGGAUGGAAUCUGGGAGAAGGGGUGGAAUCUGGGAGAAGGGGAUGGAAUCUGGGAGAAGGGGAUGAAUCUGGGAGAAGGGGAUGGAAUCUGGGAGAAGGGGAUGGAAUCUGGGAGAAGGGGAUGGAAUCUUGCUGAAGGGGAUGGAAUGGGAGAAGGAUGGAAUCCGGGAGAAGGGGAUGGAAUCUGGGAGAAGGGGAUGGAAUCUGGGAGAAGGGGAUGGAAUCUGGGAGAAGGGGAUGGAAUCUGGGAGAAGGGGGUGGAAUCUGGGAGACGGGGAUGGAAUCUGAGAAAAGGGGAUGGAAUCUGGGAGAAGGGGAUGGAAUCUAGGAGAAGGGGAUGGAAUGAGGAGAAGGGGAUGGAAUCUGGAGAAGGGGAUGGAAUCUGGGUGAAGGGGAUGGAAUCUGGGAGAAGGGGAUGGAAUCUGGGAGAAGGGAUGGAAUCUGGGAGAAGGGGAUGGAAUCUGGGAGAAGGGGAUGGAAUCUGGGAGAAGGGGAUGGAAUCAGGGAGAAGGGGAUGGAAUCUGGGAGAAGGGGAUGGAAUCUGGAGAAGGGGAAGGGGAUGGAAUCUGGGAGAAGGGGAUGGAAUCUGGGAGAAGGGGAUGGAAUCUGGAGAAGGGGAUGGAAUCUGGGAGAAGGGGAUGGAAUCUGGCAGAAGGGGAUGGAAUCUGGGAGAAGGGGAUGGAAUCUGGGAGAAGGGGAUGGAAUCUGGGAGAAGGGGAUGGAAUCUGGGAGAAGGGGAUGGAAUCUGGGAGAAGGGGAUGGAAUCUGGGAGAAGGGGAUGGAAUCUGGGAGAAGGGGAUGGACUGGGAGAAGGGGAUGGAAUCUGGGAGAAGGGGAUGGAAUCUGGAGAGAGGGGAUGGAAUCUGGGAGAAUGGGAUGGAAUGAGGGAGAAGGGGAUGGAAUCUGGGAGAAGGGGAUGGAAUCUGGUAGAAGGGAUGGAAUCUGAGAGAAGGGGAUGGAAUCAGGGAGAAGGGGAUGGAAUCUGGGAGAAGGGGAUGGAAUCUGGGAGAAGGGGAUGGAAUCUGGGAGAAGGGGAUGCAAUCUGGGAGAAGAGGAUGGAAUUAGGGAGAAGGGGAUGGAAUCUGGAAGAAGGGGAUGGAAUCUGGGAGAAGGGGAUGGAAUCUGGGAGAAGGGGAUGGAAUCAGGGAGAAGGGGAUGGAAUUUGGGAGAAGGGGAUGGAAUCUGGGAGAAGGGGAUGGAAUCUUGGGGAAGGGGAUGGAAUCUGGGAGAAGGGGAUGGAAUCUGGGAGAAGGGGAUGGAAUGAGGGAGAAGGGGAUGGAAUCUGGGAGAAGGGGAUGGAAUAUGGGAGAAGGGGAUGGAAUCUAGGAGAAGGGGAUGGAAUCUGGGAAAAGGGGAUGGAAUCUGGGAGAAGGGGAUGGAAUCUGGGAGAAGGGGAUGGAAUCUGA